UUCAGAAAGAAGCACGGCGAGCCGGACCAUGCGCGCGCUCUGUGCUCGUGGAUAGGGAGGGAUGGAGUCACGCAUGUGGGGAACAGUCGCCCUGCUCAGCGUUUACUGCUGCUGCUACUGGCUGCCCACAGUCACCGAGGUGAUCGAUGAUGAUAGCUACCUGAAUAACGUUCAGAAUACAGUCCCUCUUUCCUGUUCUGAGGGUUUUACUGAAUUGGGCUACUACAAUGGCACAGUGUCUCAAACAGAUUCAGGUUCACCAUGCCUGAAGUGGACAGAGUUUCCUGAUUAUGUGCAGCAGUACCCUGGCCGAGGUCUGGGGGAGCACAACUUCUGCCGUAACCCAGACCGUGAGUCCAAUCCCUGGUGCUUCUUCAGACAGAGCUCUGGGGCCAUUGGCUGGGCUUACUGCGACUGCCACCAGGGUGCCGUCAGGCUUGUGGGGGGUUCUUCUACUAAAAGUGGACGUUUGGAGGUGUAUCUGAAUGGCCAGUGGGGCUCUGUGUGUGACACUCACUGGUCUGAUCGAGAUGCCAGUGUGGUUUGCAGGCAGCUUGGUCUGAGUGAGAUUGGCACAGCUCUUCAGCACUCCUACUUUGGCCCCGGCUCUGGACUCUUCCACUACACUCGGCUUGGCUGCCGUGGCAACGAGAGCUCCCUCCUGGAGUGCAGGAGCCGGAAGUUUGUCACCAACGACUGCAACCAUGGCAACGAGGCCGGGGUGGUGUGCGCCCCACCUGAAGGUCCUGGCCCCCCUCUGAGACUUGUAGGAGGGGAAGAGGAUUUUGAGGGCAGAGUGGAGAUUUAUCACAAUGGACGCUGGGGAACCAUAUGUGACGACCAGUGGGAUGACAUGGAUGCUGAGGUGGUUUGCAGACAGCUCGGCCUGGGGGGCAUCCCAAAGGCCUGGUCGUGGGCUCACUUUGGGCAAGGCAAUGGACCGAUCCUGCUGGAUGCUGUUCAGUGCACAGGAAAUGAGCUCUCCCUGGAUGAGUGUCCUCACAGCACCUGGCAACAACACAACUGUGACCACAUGGAGGAUGCUGGAGUGUCCUGUAACCCCUAUACAGAUGGUGUGGUGAGACUGGUGGAUGGAGAUAACCCGUGGGAGGGCCGGCUGGAGGUGUACCACUCAGGAGAUUGGGGCACAGUGUGUGAUGAUAACUGGACUGAGCAUCAUGCACAAGUCGUGUGUAGACAGCUUGGAUUCAGGGGAGGUGCAGAAGUGGCACCUGCAGGGGCUUUUGGUAAGGGAACUGGCCUGAUCUUGAUGGAUGAUGUGCAGUGUGCAGGAACUGAGUCCUCACUGCUUGAGUGCAAACACAGCGUGUGGGGUCGUCAUGACUGCUCUCACAGUGAAGAUGUGGGCAUACGGUGUCAUAGAGCAGAGACCAAUGAGGUUGGACUUGUUCCAGAAACCACAGGCCCCAUGGUGCGUCUGAUUGGUGGAGAUGGGAGGAAGGAAGGCAGAGUGGAGAUAUUCCUGAAUGAAGAGUGGGGAAGCGUUUGCGACCAUGGCUGGAAUGAUGUUAAUGCUGGUGUGGUUUGCAGACAGUUAGGAUUCACUGGAGUAUCUAAGGCAAGACCACAGGGUUACUUUGGCUCUGGGAAGGGUCCGAUUCAUCUGGCCAAUGUGAGGUGCACAGGCAAGGAGUCUUUCCUUGGAGAGUGUCCUGCUAAGGGACCAGACAGCCACGUGUGUAAGCACGGCCAGGAUGCCGGAGUCGUGUGUGAUUACAUUCCAGAGCCACAGGCAGACAUCGCCAUAGUGGGCACACAUACAUGUGGCAUGAGGGUCGGGCCUGAACGACGCAGCAAGAGAAUCGUUGGUGGGCACAAGUCUGUCAGGGGGGACUGGCCAUGGCAGUCAUCGUUGUGGCUUCGAUCUCAGUCUAAAGGAUUACAUCCUCUGUGUGGAGCCACGCUGAUCAAUUCUUGCUGGCUUAUUACUGCUGCACACUGUUUCAAACGGUUUGGCAGUGAUGCGUCUCGGUACGUGGUAAAGCUGGGUGACUAUGAUACAGAGGAGCAGGAUGAUUUUGAGCGUGUUCUCACUCCGGAGCAUGUUGAGGUGCACAGGAAAUACACCAGUGAGAGCUGGGAGCAUGAUAUAGCUUUGAUCCGGCUGAAGGGAUCUGAGGGAAAAUGUGUGUCAUUCAACCCUCACACCAAUGCGGCCUGUCUGCCUGCACAUGGCAGCAAGUGGGGCAAGAGACCUGCAUCUUGUGUCAUCACUGGCUGGGGCAAAUCAGACACAGAGCACCCCCACACUCUGCUUCAGGCCUGGGUUCCUCUCCUCCCAUCAUGGCAGUGUAAGAAGCGAUACGGUGAGCGUUUUACCAGCCACAGCAUGCUCUGCGCUGGCAGCAUGACCUCUGACCUACUUCGACAUCCUGACAGUUGCCAGGGUGAUAGUGGUGGUCCUCUGGUGUGCCAGGGUGAGUCUGGGCGCUGGGUGCUUACAGGAGUCAUUUCUUGGGGUCACGGCUGUGGUGACCCUUCCUCCCCUGGUGUGUAUUCUCGAAUAAGCCGUUACUUACCAUGGAUCGAGCAGGUGACACAGAGCACGGCUCCUGUGCAACACUGAACUAUGACCCAUCGUUGAUCACAGGACUCAUAAGACAGCGACAGAGAAGCCUGAAAGCAUUGGGUACCAUCACAUACUGAUAUUUACAGGCUGCACUGCACAACGCCCUGGAUCUUACUGUAAUCUGUCUAGUGUUUGUUUUCUACCCUACACUGAUUUAUAGCAUUUAGAGAUCUAGGUACAGUGCAUUUAGUCUGGAAACUCAAAGUGGCAUCGAGUUAUGUGAUGUGAAGUUUGAAGGGUUGUUUGUGUUGUAGUGCUGUCCAGAGGCUGCAGUGCAUGUCCAUGUGUGUAUUAUAUUCAAAAGCCAUUCAGUGCAGCCACCAAGUCCUUCUGCAUGGUAGAUAAUGAGAAGCUGAACGGGAUUCUUUUUUCUGUGGGUUUAUACUGUAGUAAUGAAACGGAAAUCUUUUCCUAACCCUUUGGCUGCUGAUUGCUGUUAAAGCCU